AGUCUCUCUGUGAGAUCUGUUUUUAUCAGAAGUCAGAGAAUCUUAUAUUUCUCAAGACUAUCUUCACAUGCCUUGUUCAUGAAAUUGAUGAAAGAAAUCAUCAAUUUCAGUAUUCUGCUCUUGAUAUCAUUCAAGUAGCAGCAGAGUCUACCCUGAUCACACUUUUUAA